GAUAUGAGAACCAAGCCAUUUAACCAGAAUUGCCUUUAAAGAUACCAAAUUAACUUUUUAGUAGUUGUAUAAUUCAAUGUCGAAGGAUGUCCAAAUGCAAAUAAGAAUAAUUUAAAGAGGUGGAGAGAAACUGCUAGGCCUUCUACCAGGUGUUUUAAUCAACAGGUGUCUCAAGGUAUCGCUAGCAGUCUGGCACACGGCCAAGCAGCGUCGAGUUUCAGAUGACACCGCUAGCAUCUCGUGUUAGUUUGAGAAUCGAGACUAACUUUACUGGCCUCACUCGGGACAACAUCUUAUCGCAGGGGAAACUCCGCAGAGCCCUCAUUAGAAUUCCCUGUCCGUACUGCUCCGUUAUGUUAUAGUGGGUGGCACCGUGCGUCCUGCCUCCGUGCGCGCGUCUUAAUUAUUACGCACCACGCAUUAAAGAAAGGUUCCAUCGCUCACCGUCGCCACCUCGCUUCAUGUUCCACUCAUUUACACCGUCUGGAAGGAGCGGGGAAGGUGUGUGAAGCGAAAGGUCCCCAGUGGUCCCGCGGAGGGGGGAGUCUCGUCCUGUGCAUCUCAUUUGCCCACCGCUUGGACGCACCGUGCCGCUUUGCACUGUCCGCUCCCCGCAGUCCUCGCAUCUUCCCGGGGCUUCCUUCUCCAAGAGACUCUGGCUGCUGUGGCUGUGACAUAUUAUCCCAACAUGUGCUCCAGGACAGGUUGAGGAGGUACACGGAGGCGCUGGGGUUGAAUUAAACUCGGAUACGGCAAGUACCCGACGUUACGACGCACCGUGUCUACUAGAGAACCAUGAGCACUGUGGAGGAGGAGCCGGACCACAUGAUACCAUGAAGACACGCCUCCAGGUCCUGCGCUGCCAGCUGCUGAGUGUCCUUGCCUUCCUCGCGCUGCCAGUGGGACCGGUAUCAUCAGCCCAGGACGACUCCAUCACCAUGGCAGUGACCCAUCACCAGCAGCACCGCCCAGACUGGCCACAAGAGGGCUCUAGCAGUGGAGAGUGGUCUUCCUCUGGCCUCUCCCAUCCAACGCUCACCCCACCUGCACCUGCACUCCAACCGUUACCUUGGCUCCAUGUCACGCAAAGUUACACCCCCAAAGAAACCACUCAAGAUGUUCCAAAUUCAGACACAAAGAAUAGUAUCAGUGGGUUGGAAGGUGGAAAUUUGAUAGGCCCAGAACUUACGACGUUCAAAAAUCAAAACAUUGCACUAGGCCUUAGACGUAGAGGCCACACUCAGGAUGGCCCCAGAAGGUCAGACCAUCACGCCAUUACGCUAAGGGAGGUGCACACAGAUACUGAACCUCCUACUAACGAACUAGUACUGCAACCAAGCUCUAGUUCUCCCAUAGAUGACCAUGUACAAUCCACAACAUUUUCCACUACUGUCAAAAUCAACACAGACAGUUCAAACUUUAAUAUUACUGAGACCACAACGGAGGAGGGUAACAGUCAUGUUAACAUCUCGGACAAUGCCCCACUAGGACACUGGAUGGUGAAUGUGACUGCUUUAGGUGGGCUUCAGCUGUCCAAUGUCAGCUCCAGUGAAGCUAAGGCAAAUGCUUCGGAGUUUGAGUCCACGGCCAGAGGGAACUUUCUGAACAGGCAGGUUCCGGCCACCACGCAGGAUCCUUGGAUGUCAGCUAACAGCUCAGGUCCCACCACGCACACCCCUCCCUCCCAGAUGAUGGUGUGCCUGAGCCGCAUGGACAUAGUGUGGAUCGUGUUAGCCAUCAGUGUGCCUGUGUCCUCAUGCUCUGUACUGCUGACUGUGUGCUGUAUGAGGAGGAAGAAGAAGUCGACUAAUCAGGAGAACAACCUGAGCUACUGGAACAACGCCAUCACUAUGGACUAUUUCAGCCGCCACGCCGUGGAGCUGCCCCGAGAGAUCCACACCCUGGAGAGCGAGGAACAUGAUGCUUACCUGCCCCCUAAUGGUGACUACAGCGGCAGCAGCAUGGUCCUGGUCAACCCUUUCUGUCAAGAGACUCUGUUUAUCAACCGAGACAAGGCUUCUGCCAUCUAGAGACAGUCCUAUCCAUAAUAACCUACUGUUGUGGCUAUUUUAUAUACUCUUUACUGUAUGUAACUCUCCAGAGACUUGACUUUAUACUCCAGAUGUAAAAAGAAGACCAGAGAAGAGAAAAAGUCAUGUAAACAUAUGUAUUUCCUAUAAGGAUGCAGCGUCUUAUUUUUCUGAUGUACAAUUUCUACAAGAGGCUUAAUUGUGAUAAAGGUUUAUAUGUCUUUAUAACUGCUGUAAGUGGUUUGAGUGGCUGUGAAUGGUUGCAAUGAUAACACGAUAGCUUGUCCUUUAAAAGUAAUCCCAAAAUACUUAUAUAGCCUGUUCAACUUGAAUAUUUAGCACCUAUAGGUUGUGGGCUUGUGCCGAAAAUGGUCAAUGCAAUCAGUUUGAAGUAACAGUGUCUGUGAAGUAUGAACAUGAGUCACCAGAGCGCUGUUGUACAAAGCUGCUUAAGGGUUCAUGGCUAUUCUUUUUAUUAUAUACAACUGUUGUAGAGUAUGCUUUCUGUUUAUUUGGAGAGGGCAAAACCAAGAUGGACCAUGAAACAAAGUCAUAAUCCACUGUAUUUGUGCUAUAGAUACAUUACUGUGAGGACAUUAAAUUAGGUUAUGGGUAGCCUGUUCUUAAUCUAAACCACACAAUCUUUAAUAUAUAUUUUUUCUUAAUUAUAGCCUAAAUAUAAAAUACUUUAAAGAUGUUUAGUGCAACAGCGCUCUGCCCAGAGACCGCAUAGAUGCCAUUUCUUUGUUUACCGGUGUCCUGUCUGUCCUUUACAAUAUCAGUGUUAUGUCUGGUCAGCCAUGAUUUUGUUUUUGUUUUGUUUUGUGUGUGUGCUGCUGUGUGUGUGUCUUCUGGUGGGUCAAAUGUCUAUGUUGUGGAGUGGCAUUAGACCCAGAUGGAUUUUGAAAAUAAUGUUAGUACUGUUCAGUGUCUCCUGUGCAAAUGUUUGUGGCAGUAAUUCAUUCACAGACCCUCCCAUAAAAAAAAAGCUGAAUAUAAUUACAUGAGCACUACAUGAGCACAUUCAGAGGUGCUUAACAUUCAGUGAUGGAGUCAGUGGUCUUCUGUCAUUUCUUUCAUUCACAAUGUCUCAUAAUAAUCAAUGCAGAUGCUUGCUAAAAGAAGAUGUUGUUCACCUGUGGUUAUGAAAGUAAUGCUGUAAAACACGAUCCAAUCCUGCAGUGGACACAUGGCUGAGCUUGUUUUGCACGCUCAAAAAUACAUAUUUUACAGAUGUUUGAUGGCACGGUGGAGAGUGUUACAUGUAUGUAUUUUUGUACUGUAGUAUACACUGUACUUUUUACUGCAGAGCAAUAAACCUUAUAAAAAUGUA